UUUCGGAUUCCUCUGCGUAUAUUUCGUUUCUAAGUGUUGCUUAAUUUUGCAAAAAGGAAAAACCGGAGACCUUGCUGUCGAGGGAGUUUUCGAAACCCCUUAACCAUUCUUUGAUCAUGGGAAAUAACAGACAUAAGUUCAAGUCUGUCAAGCAGAGAAUCAAUGACAUUGAAGUCAAUGUCUUUAGGAGUCUCGAUAAGGUGAAGGCUGAGCCUUCCAAAGGUUCCACAUUUUUCAGGGAUUGUCUCCUAGAACAGAGGGAACUAAAUACAGCAGCACAUUUUAUUUCGUUUUAUGAAGAGAUGUUGCCGUUUGUUCAGAAUCUUGAGUUGAUUAUCUUGCAAAAGGAAUUAAUCUUCUCAAAACUUGUCUCUGGAUUACAAAUGGAAGCAAAAUUUUCUCUGGAAGCCUUUCUCAGUUUGCUUGCUGCUUUAUCGAGAGAUCUCUUGAAGGACUUUAUUCCCUUCCUUCCACGUGUUGUUAAAUCCUUAGUGACUCUUCUGCAAAAUGGUGGUCAGGAAGAUUCAGAUAUAUUUGAGCAGACAUUCAACUCAUGGUCUUGCAUAAUGAGAGACCUACAGAAGUAUCUCAUAUGCGACAUCGAUAGUAUUCUAAAGGAUACAUUGGAGCUGAGGUAUUACCCCAAUGACUCUAUCGUAAAAUAUAUGUCACUCUCGAUGUCCUUUUUGUUGAGGAAUGCACCGGUUAAGCAACUUGAAAAAGGGAUCAAGAGGAUUCUUUCUGAAGUUGCAGAUCCACCGAAAAGAGCUGGAGGAGCUACUUUAUUAUAUUAUGUUAUGAGAAAUACCAAUGAGAAACUCUAUUCCAAAGCUGUCGAGGUUAUGAGGUUCUUGCUGAAAGAUUCUACAUUAUCCCUUUGUGAAAAAUCUCCUCAAGGUUCUGGUAGUACAGUAGAAGUCGUGAGUUCAGCUUUGGAGAGAUUAUGCAGGGAUUAUAAAGUAGAAGAAUUAAGUGUUAUCUGGAAUUGCUUGUAUCAGGAGAUAAACAUAUCAAUCUUGAACCAAAAAUCUGUUCAUUUAAGCCGACUUUUGACUGUGCUUACCUCAGCUGUUAGGAUUAAGAAAGGUCUCAAGGUUCAUGAUUACCCAUCAUUGAUUGGAAUCGUGAGCCAAAUUGUGUCAACUGUUAUGGCUUCCUCUGAGGUCUUUGUCCUUGAUGAAGUUUUGCGGCUGAUAUUAUGCACCAUCGACAAACCCAUGUCCGUUAGUGAAAUGGAAUCCGUUGCUUUUCAAUGGGCUCCCAUUUUUUCCUUGAAGAGUUCAAGUUUGCUGAUUUUUUUGCGGGAGUUGCUACAGAAGGAUCGUUUAAUAGUGAAAACCUUUACAAAUGAUAUAUUAAGUGCAAUCAACAAUAUGAUUUGGGAGUCGUCUGAGGAUGUGAUUCCUCUGUUAUUAUCAUUGUGUGAGAGCCAACAAACAAGUCAUGACAAGGUGAACAUUGUAGCUGAACUGUUUGAGAGUAGAUACGAGAGAAUUCAUGAGUUCUUGGAAGAGAAUAUAAAGAAGAUUCAAAAGAACAUAGAGGAUACUGGAUUAACUCAAAUUGACAAGGCUGAGUUGGCUACCGUUUGGGGAGUUGUCAACUGUUAUCCUUUUUUUAAAGUGGAUUCAUCAUUACUGAUUUGCCUUAAGAAUACUCUCAGACAGCAUUUGGCAGCCUCAGUUGCAAACACUUUUAGUGGUCAAGAGUUGAUGUGGCCGAGCUUACUUGGUGCUUCUUUGAGGUCAUGUCACAAACUCUGUUCUCCUGGAGUAAUCAACCACAGUGAUCUAGAGGAAGCUUUGAGUCUUGCUAAGUAUUACAAGUCAUGUGUACAAGUUCUGUCUCCUGUGGCCGACUAUUUAGACUUUGUGCACAGGCCUCUAUUAGCUAAUGAGGAUAGCUCCCAGGCAUAUCCAGAUCUUCGAGCAGAUAAGGCUGAAGAUGCUUUUCACAUAUUUUCUGAAAAUCUGCGUCACUCAAACAAAGACAUCCGUCUUUUCACUCUAAGGGUUUUGUGCCAUUUUGAAAAGUUUUCUUCUAAUUCUUCUUUGGCAGAGCAUCCUCCUAAGAAGAAAUUGAAAUCUGAAACGUCUCCUCCAAAAGAAAAUGUUCUGAAGUUAUUGCAUACAGUCGAAGAGUCCCUUCACACAGUAUCAACCGAAGUGGAGUUGGUCAAUUUGAUUAAAGAUAUCCCAAUGGAUUUCUCUUCUGGCAGGAUACAUGAGGCAUAUGUGCCUCUUGUAUUCAAUGGAAUGAUCGGACUAUUUCAUAAUCGGUUUUUUAAAUUUUGGGAGCCAGCAUCUAAUUGCCUAGCGUUUCUAAUGGAGAAGCACACAGACACGGUGUGGACUGAUUUUGUUCGCUAUUUGGGCCAGUGCCAAGUAAAAUUCCAAACACUCCACAAUCAUAAUGAGAGUGAAAAUUACAGCACUUCAGAGAAGUAUACUGAAAAUAUAUCUGAUCUGAUGGACCGUUUUAAUUUAUUUGUAUCUUCCCCCUCUGAUACACCUACUGCAACAGUGGUAUCACUGUUGCUCAAGACAUUGCAAAAUGUUCCCACUAUUGCUAACUCUCGGGCUUCUGAAAUUCUCCCUUUGUUAUUGGAAUUUAUGGGAUACAACAGCGAAAAUCCUGUGAGGGUCGGAUUAUUUAAUGGCGAAGCUUGUAAAGGAAAUGAGUGGAAGAAGUUACUUGUACAAUGGUUAACUUUGGUGAAGUUGAUGAAAAAUCCAAGGUCAACUCGUUUUAGUCAAAUGCUUUAUGACGUUCUGCAGAAUAGGUUCCUGGAUGAUGAUGAUUCUGACAUACAAAUGAAUGUUCUAGAGUGCCUUAUGUUGUGGAAUGACCACUUACUCCCACACCAGAAGCAUUUGAAGAACUUGAUCAAAGCAGAAGAAAUGAGGGAAGAGCUCACAACCUGGAACUUUUCCAAAGAUAUUGAAGAAGCUCACAGAUCUCAUUUUGUUUCUCUUGUCAUUCGCAUUCUUAUGCCAAAAGUUAGAAAAUUAAAGACUUCGACUUCUCAUAAGCAUAAAAGAAGUAUCCGUCACCGAAAAGCGGUUCUUUGCUUUAUAUCUCAGCUGGAUGUGGAUGAACUUUCCCUGUUCUUUGCGUUGUUGAUUAAGCCUUUGAACAUCAUAUCAGAGGAAACAAUGGAAUUUUUUGGGAGCUCCGAUAAAAGUUCUCUGGAUUGUUUCCGAAGGUCGAAUUUCCUGAAAUGUUUCAAUGCUGAAACUAUUUCAACGUUAUCCAGGGAGAAGAAAACUGGGUUUCUUCAUGUCAUCGAACAGAUUCUGGAAGUUUUUGAUGUGUUCCAUAUCCAACCGUUUCUAGACUUUUUGAUGGGAUGUGUUGUUCGGCUAUUGGUAAACUACGCUCCAAAUAUCGAGGAAGAAAUGAACAUUAAUAAAGAGACUGUUUCAGCAAGUUACGACCAGGCUGGCACUUCGUUGAAGCAGUUUAAAGAGUUUAGAUCCUUAUGUCUGAAGAUUUUUGCUCGUGUUCUUGACAAGUACGAGGAUUGUGAUUUUGGCUCAGAGUUCUGGGACCUCUUCUUUUCAACAGUGAAUCCCUUAAUUAAGAGUUUUAAGCAGGAGGGUUCUAGUAGUAAAACACCAAGCUCAUUGUUCAAAUGCUUCUUGUCAAUGAGUAAAAGCCGCAAUCUCGUGACCUUCUUAUGUCUAAAAGAGUUUCUUCUUCCAGACAUUUUCUCAAUUCUAACAGUCACCACAGCUUCAAAAGAUAUUAAGUCUUCUGUCUUAAAGUUCAUAGAAAAUCUACUCAGUCUGGAAAAUGAGUUGGAUGAGGAUGAUCAUAUGAUCAGAGGAUUCUUAGAUCCAUGUAUCGACGCACUUAUUACCAGCUUGCAUUCUCUUUUCCUUGAGGAUAUAUUGAAAAGGAAAUCAGUCAUGUAUCAUGGAAAUAGAGAGAUUAAGAUUCUUAAACUAUUGUCCAAGCAUAUGCGAGAUGGGUCUCAUGUUAUGAUGUAUUUGGAUGUCUUGCUGUCUUUUCUGGAUAAAAGUGUGAAAGAUUCUGACAUUCAUCGUGAGGCGUUGCUAGCCAUUCAGGACAUCACACCGUCGCUUGGGACUGAGAGUACCAGCAAAAUUAUUACUAUAGUCUCUCCUCUGCUUGUUGAUGCUGAAAGUAAAGUUAGAUUAUGCAUUUGUGAUCUUCUUGAAUCCCUUGCAAAAAUCGACAUUUCGUUGGAUCGUGUGGCAAAAUGCGUCCGCGAUAUGAAUGCCAACUCACCCAUGGAAGUUGAUGACCUUGACUACGAAAAGAUAAUUGAAGCGUAUGGGAAGAUUGACGCAGAAUUCUUUAAUAAAUCCUCAGAGCAGCACGUGAUGAUCAUACUCUCACAGAGUAUAUACAACAUAUCAUCAGAAGAGCUUACGUUAAAGGAUAGCGCACGGAGCCUCUUGUGUUCUUUCAUUGAAUUUUCAGCCUCAAUACUAUGCCAAGAGGCUGUGGCUCAGUCUGACAUUAUCAAAGAGGUUAAAAAAUCAAAUGCAAGCUGGACAGGAGAUCGUGUAUUAUGGAUUAUCAAUAAAUUUAUUUUGAAACACAUUGGAGAUGCAGUUAAAAGACGACUUUCGAUUGGAAAGGGGGGAAUUCUUUUGAUACGCAAAAUGGUGGAAAAACUUCCCGAUGUCGGAAAUCUUGCUGCAUUCAGACCUUUAUGCUCAGAAAACAACGAAGUGGAUUUCUUUAAAAACAUUUUUAGCAUUCAGGCAUGUCGUAGAGCAAAUGCAAUUAAACUUUUCACAAAGGUGAUCAAAGAUAGCAGUCUGCCUGAGGGAGUAGUGAGAAAACUUUUGGUCUCAGUCUUUUUCAACAUGUUGGUUGAUGGACAAGAUGGAAAAGGGAAAAAUGUUCAAGAUGCAUGCAAAGACGCCCUUGCAUCUGUAUCUGCUCAUAUGAGUUGGACGUCGUACUAUGCUCUACUGAAUCGGUGUUUCCAUGAGAUAAACAAGCAUACCAAUAAGAGAAAACUUCUGCUACAGCUUAUCAACUUGAUUUUGAAGAAUUUUCAUUUUUCAAAAGAUGGUUUCACACAAGAAGCUGCAGAGAUUAGGAGUUGCAUUGAGAAAAGCCUUUUCCCAAAGAUACAGAAGCUGCUUAAUCUUGACUAUGAAAGUGUGAAUUUUGACAGCUAUGUAGCUGCGGUGAAAGUUUUGAAGCUUCUUCCCAAGGAAAUAAUGGACCCACAGCUAGACUCUUUAGUUCCUAAAAUUUGCAGUUAUUUGAAGAAUGGGCAGACUAGCAAACGUGAUAAAGCCACACGUGAUAAAGCCAGAAAGGCUUUGGCUGCUUGUGUGGAGGAACUUGGGCUAGAGUACCUGCAAUUUGUUGUAAAAAGUUUGCGUGCUAUAUUAACACGAGGGUCUGAGGUGCAUGAGCUAGGAGACACUGUCAAUUAUAUCUUGUCAAAGUGCCUGUCCAAUCCUACGGGUGGGGAGUUAGAUUAUUGUUUGGAAGAUCUCCUUGCUGUGGUGGAAGCCAAUAUCCUUGAAGAUGUUGAUGAACAGAAAGAUGAGUUAAAGACGGCAUCAAAGAAGAAGAAAGAAACAGUAAAACGCAAGUCACUUGAGACUCUGAAAUUGAUUGCUGUUAAUGUAACGUUCAAACGUCAUGUGUUAAGGUUACUUUCUCCAGUCACAGCUCAGCUGCAGAGGCCUAUGACUCCAAAUUUAAAGACGAAACUGGAAGAGAUGUUAAGGUAUAUUGCAGCUGGUAUUGAAGGCAAUCCAUCUGUUGAUCAACAAGAUAUUUUUUGUUUCAUUUAUGAUGGUAUUAACAACAGGAUUGGUCUUGGAGAUCAAGGGUCUUCUCCACCAUCCAAAAAGAAAAGGAAAUCAAGAGAACUGCAAAAGACUGCUGGUGCUAAGUCAUGUCCAUAUCUUAUAACCGUGUUUGCUCUUGACUUAUUGCACAACAGACUGAAGAAAAUAAACCCCAACAAUAGUAAGAUUGAAGAAGCGCUGUUGUCGAUGCUGGAUCCUUUUGUCAAACUACUUGUUGGGUGCUUGAGCUCUAAGUAUGAAGAUGUUUUAUCUUUAUCUAUUAGAUGUUUCACUCAGUUGUCAAGGUUAAAACUGCGUUCCUUGAAAUCUGAAGCAGGGAAGGUGAACACAGCACUACUAACUAUUAUUGGUCAGUCUGCAACGAGUUCCAGUACUCCUCUUGUGCAGUCAUGCCUUAAGCUGUUAAUAGUUUUUAUCGAAUCAGGAUAUCUCACUUUAUCAUCUUGGGAGUUGCAAAUGUUGCUUCAGCUUCCCAUGUUUGUUGAUCUGGAAUCGGAUUUGUCUGAGGAUUCAUCUGUUACCUCUUUGUCACUUAUCAAGACCAUUGUGAAAAGGAAGCUUGCAGUCCCAAACAUACAUGAUAUAGCAGGUCAGGUAUUAAAGUUGAUGAUACAGACUCAGUCAGACCUAACCCGCAAGAAUUGCAAGGAAUUACACUUGGAGUAUUUGGUCCAUCAUACACUUUCUGAGAAAUGCCUACAACGACAUGUUAACAUUUUGCUGAAAUAUCUGAGCUAUGUACAUUCAAAUGGAAGAAAAGCAGCUCUUGACAUGCUUAAAGCGCUUAUCGAGAAACUCCCAAGACCUUAUCUUGGAAAGACGUCGUUUCUUGACCAGCAGUCUCAAAACUUCUUUCUUCAGCUUGCUUGUUGUUUGGCAACUGAUGAUGAUAAAUACGUGCUGACCAAGAUUGGUGAUGUGAUAAAACUUCUGAUAGGUCGCAUCAGUAAGGAUCAAAUUGAUUCGAGCCUCGAGCACUGUCUAGUUUGGUAUAAGCAGGAGAAAUCAUCUGCUAUAGGUGCAGAGGUACUAGGGUUAUUCAUUGACGCUAUGAAGGCACCAGGAUUAUUUAAUAAAGCCACUAAGGAAAUAUUGCGGAAGCAUAGCUGCAGUAUAUUGCAGGAGGCUAAAGUGAUUUUAGAGUCUACUCUACAGUUGCAAAAUACGGCUGAGGAAGGCAGUAUUCCUUUCUGGAAGGAAGCUCAUCGUUCACUGGCUAUGAUAGAGAAGAUGCUCCAGCAAUUUCCCGAUUUGACUUUUGGAAAAGAUUUAGAGGAUAUUUGGAAAUUGGUGUUUCACUUGUUGCUGCAUCGACAUGAAUUGUUACGCACUAUAUCAUGCCAACUCCUGAAUUAUUAUUUCAAGGCAUUAGCUGGGAGGGUAAGAGGAAAAUCUCAGAAACUAGUCGCUGAUUCUCUUCUUGGGAAGCCAAGUAGCCUCUUCAGGGUAGCUGUUUCUCUUUGCGUCCAGUUAGAGGAUCAAAGCAGCACAAGGAAAGAACAGGAAGUUCUGAUCAUUACAGAAAAUAUUGUUUUUGCAGUCUCUGGUCUUCAUUCGAUGAUUGGACAAUCUGAUCAUGAGUUCUGGCCUAGUCUUGACAAUGAUGAGCAAGUGGUGUUCCUCAAUGCCUUUAAAGAGCUUGGAUCAGGGAAAGGGAAGUCUAUUUUUUUGGCUCUUGCUUCAGGCGAACACAGUGACAAGGAUGUGAGAAAUGUAUUGAUUGGGAGUUUGCUCAAAAGAAUGGGGAAGAUCGCUCUUGAAAUGGACACUCUCCAGAUGAGAAUUGUGUUCAAUGUCUACAAAGGCUUUGCCUCACAACUGAAUCAAGAAGAGUGUCGUCUAUACGCCUUCAGAAUCCUGCUCCCACUGUACAAAGUUUGCGAAGGAUUUACUGGAAAACCCAUCACAUGUGAGUUGAAACAGCUAGCGGAAGAGGUAAGAGACAGUAUAAGAGACGAGAGCUUAGGAAGCCAAACGUUUGUGCAAGUUUACAGAGAAAUCAAAAAGAGUCUGGAAACGAAGAGGGAGAAGAGGAAAAGAGAAGAGAAGCUGAUGGCAGUAGUAAACCCUGAGAGAAACGCAAAGAGGAAACUCAAGUUAGCUGCAAAGAACAAAGCUAACAAGAAACGAAGGAUCAUGAGCAGUAAAAUGGAUAGGUGGGCACGUUCUUGAGCUCCCAUGAUCACCACAUAACCCAUAUUUGCUUAUGUUGAGCCAUUUCUUGCAUUUGUGAUCCAAUUUUUGUCUGCUACAAAUCCAAACCAUUGCUAUUAACUUGUUUUUUACCAGAAUAAUUUCAAACAAUUAUUUGAUUACUUAAGUUUAAGGUAAUGAUAUAUCUAAAAGUAAUUUGGUGGGUUA